GAAACAGAGGCUGGGGGCAGGGGCGGAGCCGGCCAGGGGGGGCGGCCCGGACCUCCUCCUCCCCUGGCACCUCCCCCGGCCCCGAGCCCGGUGCCGCCCGGUCCGAAGCGCGGCGCGGCGGCAGCGCGGCCAUGGGCUCCCGGCUGAGCCGGCAGAGCAGCCUGGAGGAGGAGAGCACCGAGGAAGCUGGCACCGGCAGGCUGGAGAGCGGCCGGGGCGACUUCCACCUCUCCUCUCUGCUCCUCCACCCGCAGAAGCUGCCGGGGGUGCUGCGGAAAGCCUCUCCGGCGCCCUACGUGCGGCGGGUGGGGUGGCUGCGGGAGAUCCAGGCCACCAUCCGGGAGCACAAGCGGGACCACGCCGUGCACAUCCUCAGGCUGCUUCGGAAGGACCUGGGACUGGAAGGAACAUUCCUCAAUGAAGUGCUCUACAAAAAUGCAACUUUCCUCAACCUGGUGGAUCCCAUCUCCCACGACUUGCUGAUGAGCCUGGCUAGAGAUCUGCAGUGUCCCAAAAAGGAGUACGACCCCUGGAAGUCCUCGGACAGGAUCUGCAGGCAGCUGAUUUACCACCUGACCCCCCAUUCCAAGUGGCACCGGCAUGGCAUGCCCCGCAGGAAGUCCCAGAUGUGCCUGAAGAGCAGCCUGCAGAAGAAGGUGAGCCAGGACUCCAUGGACCUGUCGGGGAUCCCCCUGACCAUGCGGGACGUGCACCGCAUGGCCUACUACCUGCAGAACAACGGCGACCGCCUCACGUCUGUGGACCUGAGCUUCACGGAGCUGAACGACGACCUGGUGCGGCUGCUGCUGCCCUUCCUCUGGGCGCUGCCCAAGCUCACGCACCUCUCCCUCAACGGCAACCGCCUGACGCGGGCCACCAUGAGGGAGCUGACCGACGCCAUGAAGGACAUGAGCAAGUUCCCCUGCCUGGCCUGGGUUGACCUCGGCAACAACGUGGACGUCUCCUCCAUGCCGCAGCCGCUGCUGGUGGGCCUGCGCAAGCGCCUCAGCCAGCAGACCACGCUGCCAACCAUCUACGAGGCGCUCGACUGCGACUCCGAGCUGGCCGGCGGGCACGAGGGCAGGCAGCCAGCGAGCGGCGCAGCAGGCACCCCGCCACGUGCCGCUGCUCAGCGGGGCUGCGAGAGGUGACUGGGCGCCAGGCCGGUGCUGGCGCGCUGCAGCCGCCCCAGGUCUUGAGUACCAACAGCGACAGAGGCCAGCUCCACCGGCUUCCCUCGGCGCCAUCCUCUCGCCUUCCCUCACGUCUGCCCCCCACCUGCUGCGAGGCAAAAGCCUGUCAGCCCCCCACAGCGUGCUCUGCUCCCUCCCCGCGCUGCCGAACCCAUCGCCCACAUUCCAGAGAGGAGCCAGCGACUUACAGUGAACCUGGUCCCCAGGCAGGGUCCCACUGGAAGACGGGAAAAGACCUGUCGGAGUCAAGAAUAUCCUCCAGCAGCCAUUGGGUUGAGGGAAAGGGACGGGGGGAACCUAGAACAGAAACAGGCUUGUAGUUUACUUCCUUUCUUCCUUCUCCUAUGCACCUUGGAAACCUUGGGGCCUGCAGCCUGGCGUGUGAAAGGAGGCGCCCCAGGAGCCUAGGUGCUGCGGCGCUUAGCCGAAGGCUCCGGAGGCAGAGCCGGAGCCCAGCAGUGUGUCUCCCUCUUGUGUCUGGCUCCUUUUGUUUUGUUUUUUCUCCUAUUGUGUGUUUUGCAUUAACCUCUGAACAAA